CUGGUUUUCAGGGGCACCGUGUGGCGGAAUGCAGCCCAUGCUACUGAGCGCCCAGCUUUUCUCUCUCUCUCCCCUAGGUCAGCAGUGGAGUAGAAAAGUCCCGGGAGAGUCUAACGCCUUAACCACCAUGGCAGAGAAGCGGCCCCUGGGGACCCUGGGGCCGGUGAUCUAUGGCAAACUGCCCCGCCUGGAGCCUGACACCGGACCCAGACACAGCUUACCUCUCUCCGUGGGCAGCCAAGACCCGUGCAGCUACAAGGGUGCCUACUUUUCCUGCCCCAUGGGGGGCCCCCCCAAGGCUGAACAGUUAGCAUCUUGGACCCCAUACCCACCCUUGUACCCUGCCAGCGUGGCCGCAUCUCCGCUCCGGACGGAUAAUCUGUUAACCAACUGCCUGCUCUACCGCCCGCCCCCGGAAGGUUCUGAGAAGGUGCCAGCCUCCGCCGAACUCCUGCCCUUCGCCCCCCAGGCUCACAUGUACCCAGCACCUCCACUGGCGGCCCCCAAACCCGUCUACCGCAGCCCACUGUGCUACGGGCUCCCCACGUGCCUGGGGGAGGGGCCGGCCAAGAGGCCCCUGGAUGGGGAUUGGGCCUCGGUGACUAGUCCCCUGCUGCCCCCCGCAGACCCGCCCUGCCCUCUGACCCCGGCCGCUCCUGGCAAGGGGCAGUCUCUGGAUGCCACCUUCCUGCGUGGAGUGCCCCCCGGGGCAGCUGGCAAAGACUCCUCCUCCGUGAACUUCUCUGCGUGCCAGGCGUUCCUGGAGAAGUAUCGGACGCUACACGGCCCCAGUUUCCUGCCUUCCAAGUUCACGGGACCCCACUACGGGGACCCGAAGCCAGCCAUGGCAGAGGGGCCUUCCAGUCCUUGGAGUCGACUGGCUCAGCCCCAGGAGUCUGUGCCCACUCACUACCCGCUGCCCCCUCUCCCACAGACCCUGCCCUGCCCCCCCGCCUGCCGCCACCCGGAGAAACAAGACGGCUACAACUCGGUACUCUCCCUGCAGCCCCUCGGGGCGCACAAGGGGGCCGGGUACCCGGCCGGGGCUCUGGGUAGUCCCUACCUAAGGCAGCCGGCCGUCCAGGCCCCUUACAUGCCCCCGAUGGGGCUGGACACUUACUCCUACUCCUCGGCGCCUCUCCCGCCUCACUCGCCAGGCCUCAAGCUGGAGCCUCCCCUCGCCCCCCGGUGCCCGCUCGACUUUGCCCCUCCGACUCUCGGUUUUCCUUACGCCCGGGAUGAUCUGUCUCUCUACGGGGCAUCCCCGGGGCUGGGGAGCACCCCACCUUCCCAGAACAGCAUGCAGCCUGGAGCUCAGCCCAGCGCCUUUCCAAGGGCAUGCCAGUCCCUGCCAGCCAGCCAGCCCUGCUCGGAGCCCGUGAAGCCGGCAGACAAGCCCGCGCGGGGCGCCGGCGACAAGGCCUGGGGGCCCGGCUGCGGGAAAGAGCAGUGCCAGCCGCAGCCCGGCGAGCCCCCUGUCCUUCCCAUUGUCAUCCCAGACAGCCCGGACCCCCGCACCCCACCGGCACUGCGCCCCUGUGCCCGCGAGCUCCCGGCCCCCCCACAGAAGGAGGGGGUGAGGCCCCCCGGCUCUCCCCCUAUGCCUGUGAUCGACAACGUCUUCAGCCUGGCGCCCUACCGGGACUACCUGAACGCGCCCGUGCCCAAGGCGCCCCCGACCACCAGACAGAGCCCAGAUGCAGACUCCGAGGGAGCCCCGCCUGCCCAGGACGGGCCCCCAGGGGCUCGCUGCCCCGGGCGACAAGAGGUGGCCUUGGACCUGAGCGUGAAGAAGCCCGUGGCAGAGGACGCUGCCCCCAGCAAGGCCCCGCCGCCGCCGCCUGAGCUGCCAAGCAGACCCACGGCGGCUGUGCCAGACCGGGGCCACUCACCAUCACGACUGCCCGGCCCGAAAAAGACCACCGCGGAAGCGCCCACAGCGCCAGCCACCACCGACGACCUGCCCAGGACCAACUUCCACAGCUCCGUGGCUUUCAUGUUCCGCAAGUUCAAGAUCCUUCGGCCCACAACCCUAUCCGCAGCCGGGGUGCCGUCCACGCCCGCCGUGGCUCCUGCUUCCACGCAGCCCGUGCCCACGCCCCCCUCCACGCCCGUAGGACUGCAGAUCCUCACCCAGCCCUUGCCGGUGGCAUGCUUCAACCUGGCCCUGCCCAGCCCACCAGCCCUCGCUGCGGCCUCUCCAGCCCCAGGGCCAGCCAGCUCCCCGGCCUCCACCCCUUCUCCAGCUGCAGGCCCAGCGCCGUCGGGCCCCGUGCCCGUCUCUUCGGGAGCCUCCGGAGUCUCCCUGGAGCAGCACUUUACCGGGCUGCACGCAUCCCUGUGCGAUGCCAUCUCGGGCUCCGUCGCCCACUCCCCACCCGAGAAGCUCCGCGAGUGGUUUGAGUCCACGGGGCCGUGGGGCCGGGCGGCGUGGCAGGAGUGCCAGGCCGUGCAGGGGCUGCUGGGUAAACUGCUGUCCCAGCUGCAGAGAUUCAUGUACACCCAGCAGUGCCCCUUCCCGCACGUCGUGCGGGCCGGUGCCAUCUUCGUGCCCAUCCACCUGGUGAAGGAGCGCCUCUUCCCCAGGCUGCCGCCCGCCUCCGUGGACCACGUGCUGCAGGAGCACCGCGUGGAGCUGAGACCCACGACGCUGUCGGAGGAGCGCGUGCUGCGGGAGCGCGCCCUGCACGGCUGCACCUCCCGCAUGCUGAAGCUGCUGGCCCUGCGCCAGCUGCCCGACAUCUACCCCGACCUGCUGGGCCUGCAGUGGCAUGACUGUGUGCGGCGCCAGCUGGGUGACCUGGACAUGGAGGCUCAGGCCACAUCGCCCUCACAGCCCACUCUGGCUAGAGAAGACAGAGACAGCCUUCCCCUGGCUCAGAAGUCACCAGCCCCCAAGGUCAGGAAGCUGGGGAGGAAGCCACCCACCCCUGGCCCAGAGAGAGAAGCCACCUCUGGUGGGGGCGGGUCACGUGGUCCCUCACCAAGCCCAGCCACCAACGCCAGCCCGCCCGGCCCUACGCUGCGAGCCCGCUUCCGAAGCCUUCUGGAAACCGCCUGGCUCAAUGGCGCAGCUUUGCCCACUUGGAGCCACAAGGCCCCGGGACCAGCCCGGCCCCCUCGGCAGCCCCACCUGCUGGGCAGUGCCAGCCAGCACCUGUAGCCCCCUGGGGCCAGGAGGGUGCCAUCUUGUGUCCUACCCAGUUGCCUAGAGCCAGAAAAUGGAUGCUGGGGGGGCUGGGACCCACCAGGCUGGGCCUAGAACCUCUGACCUUGGAGUAUGAGAAAGGACUCUUUCUUCUUCCCUAGAGAAAACCCGUGGGUGCUGGAACUCCCCAGACCUGGCCUUGAAUCGUGGCUGCUGCGUUCCUGGCGGCGUGGCGUGGGCAGAGGCCUCUGCUUCUCUCUUGACUGCUCGUUCCCCGUUUGUAAAAAUCAGGACAACAGCCUACCUCACCGGGGUGUUCUCGGGGUGAUGGCCUGACUCAUGCCCAUGGUGACUGGGACUCGACGUUUCUCCCCCCUGGGGUCAGGCCCUCACCAUCAGCCAAGAGCCUGGAUUGGGAAGCCGGGGCCUGGACUGAGGCUGGAUCAGCAGGCUCUUCUUGCUGAAAGUCUCCGUGUGUCUUAGGAUUUGGUUGUCCCUGAGCAGUACAUUGCCAGUGUCUGUCUGUC